UUCAGAUCUCACAGGUGGGCACAAUAGGCGAAAGAAGACACUGAACUACAUGUUCUCGGGCAGCUUCAUCUUGCAGAUCGUGUCAGAGACAAGUGAAAGCAAAUAUCUGGGACUAUUCAACAAGGCAAGACAAAAGAAUACCUUCAAUUGGCAAUGCCAAACUAAAACCUCAGAAGUGACCUUCAGUUUGAAUUGACCCAGAGCAUCAUGGCUAAAGGGAAUAAAGAUUUCCAGCGAAGGAUUGUGUCCAAGGAUGGCCACAACAUGGUAAGGAUCGAUAACGUGGAGGGCAUGGUCAAGCUGUACCUGCACGACAUCUGGACAACUGUGGUGGACAUGAAAUGGCGCUACAAACUCACCUUAUUUGCCUCGACCUUUGUCAUGACCUGGUUCAUCUUUGGGGUAAUCUUUUACUUCAUUGGAAUGGGCAACGGAGACUUUGAGCCAGAUUUAAAUUCUACCCACACCCCAUGCGUGAUGAACGUGGAAACGCUCACUGGAGCCUUCCUCUUCUCUCUGGAGUCGCAGACCACCAUUGGUUAUGGUUUUCGUUACAUCUCUGAAGAGUGCCCUCUGGCCAUCUUCACUCUGGUGGCUCAGCUUGUCAUCACUGGACUGGCCGAGAUCUUUGUUACCGGUGCCUUCCUGGCCAAACUAGCUCGACCCAAAAAGCGAGCGGAGACCAUCAAGUUCAGCCAGGUGGCGGUGAUCUGCAAGCAGCAAGGAAAGCUGUGUCUGAUGGUGAGGGUGGCCAACAUGAGGAAGAGCCUCCUGAUCCAGUGCCAGCUAACAGGAAAGCUCCUUCAACCCUACGCGACCGAGGAGGGCGAGAAGACGCAAGUCCACCAGAGCUCUGUUGAUUUCAACAUGGACUCUGGUGGCGAGUGCCCCUUCCUUAUCCUCCCUCUCACCUUCUAUCACGUCCUAGACCAGCACAGCCCGCUGGCAGGACUGACGGCAGAAAACCUGGAAACCCGUAGGUUUGAGUUGCUCAUCACCCUCAAUGCCACCAUGGAGUCGACGGCAGCCACGUGUCAGAGACGUACCUCCUACAUGCCUGACGAGAUCCUGUGGGGUUAUGAGUUCAAACCGGUGCUGUAUAGCACCCCCAGUGGACGCUUUGUGGCAGACUUCAACUUUUUUGACAAGGUGCAAAAGAGCAGUGAUCCAGACUUCCACAGCGACAGUUCAGAGAAGCUGAAACUCGAGAGGGACUUCAGGGAAGAAUAGAGGAUCUUAAUAAUUACUGUUAAUUGAUCUGAGGCUCAGCCAUUGUGUUAAUGUCCCUUACAGCUAUGAACUUUGAUUUAAACACGUAAAACGUUUAUAUUGAAUCAUAUAAUGUGAUUUUUUUAACAGUGCUUCAAACUCUGAAUAGUUUUUAAGAAGACUAGAAACCUGACAUUAUAUCUUCACUCUACAUUCUGUUUAUUCAUUUAAUCAUUAUGAUGUUUUUUGUAUCAAUAUUCAAGUUAAAUUAAUUAAAUGUACCAGGAUGAAGGGCUAACGGCCCUGUAUGAUUCUUUCAUCUGGGUUUUAAUAAUGGGAGUCUCUUUAUAAAUGCUUUUGAAGACCUUUUAAAAAUAGAAUGUUAAGUUAUACACUGAUAAAGUAAGAAUUUAGUAUUUAAAGACAUGUUUUGGAGAAUUAUUUUAUUAUUAAGAGUUAGAUGAAGUAACUGAUACUUCUCUCUGAGCUGUACUUAAAUAUGAAGCUAGAAUAAGUUGCUGCUUAGCUUAGCUGAGACGGGGAAAACAGUGCCCAUGUAGUUCUGUCAAAAUAUUCCUCUAAACAUCACUACUAACACUUUACAGCUUCCUUUCUAAUCGCUCCCAAAAAGCCAGGUGUAAAGAUGUAAAAUAUCACAGAUUUUCACUUGUGAUUAAAACAUUACCUGCAGAGCCCCCCAAAGAUCAAGAGUUUUCACUUACAGGACUAGUGAUGACACACAAUUAGCUCACAGUGUUUGUGCAUUUCAUCUGAACAGCAGUAGAUCCAAACUAAUUUUUAGUGGAAAACCAUGAGGACUCUCAUAAAAUGAGCUGUUUAUGUAACCAUCAAUUGAUAGUUGUUAAGUUUUGUUUUUAAAAUUGUUGUUACACAUAACAAAUGAUUUUUAUUUUGCUUAAUUGUUUUUAAAGUUCACAAGACAUUUACAACUCUGUUUAGAAAUUUUGCAAGCAUUGAGAAAUGGUUCCAUAAAACAGUAGUUACUAUAUAUAACUCGUGUUCUAUGAAUGUAAGCCCUCCUAACAGGCUUCAGCACUGGGCUGGUCAGACCUUCCUGUGAGACCAGAUGUAAUGAAAGAGACUGAGAUGGAUAUUGGUGCCACAGUUUAGACUGAUCCACAUUCUAAGUAUCCCAGGGAAAGAUACAUAGAAUAAAGCAGUGAUUUUCGAAGUGUGGUCCAGUGCUCCUUAGUGACCUUUGAAGGUACUACAUGUAGCCGUGCAAGAAGUAAAAAAAAAAUUAAAAAUUAAACCAAUACAAUACCAAUGAAAAAUGUACUUUUAUAUUAAGCGCAGGGCAGGGUGACCCCCAGAAGAUUUUCAGAUUUUAAAAUGGCUCGAAUGAAGGGAUGUAAGUGUGUGUGAAUCUGGCUUGUAGUAUAAAAACGGGUUGAGUGGUGUAUCAAUACUAGUUUAUUUACCACAGUAAAUGUGCCUGCUUCGGUACAAAUCUUUGAAUCCUACUGAUGUGCACUAUCUCUCUCACUGACACCUGCUGCAGAAGUGAAUUUAUGUUUUUAUGGUGACACAUCAGUUUAGGUAAUUAUAGGCUCAAAAACAUAAAUAUGGGCUCUACAGUGUAUCUGGCAGAAGAAUUAGUCCUAAAUGCUUCGUGUAACGUUUCAGUUUCCAUAAUAUCUGCAGGCUUUCGAUUUUGUGGCCAUCAAUAUAUAACUGGACUAGACAAACACCACCAAAAUAAAUCUGUAAUUUCCUCCUUAAAUAAGCAGUUCCUCUGCAGCUUGAGAAUGUUGCACCUGCCAGAGGAUAUUUCUACAUAUGUUUGAAUCAUCACAAAAUGUUAAAGCUUAUUACACAUUUGCAAUUGUUAGUGUAUUUGUAUGACUAAUGUUGAUUGUGUUAUUCUUGGAAAAAACGAAUGUAACCUUUGGUUGUUGUGUUUCAGACAUAAAUAUCAUGAUGGUAUUAUAAUAAUAAAUCAGGGAUUGUGAUACAUAGGAGUAUGGGAUAUAAAAAGUAAUAAAAAUAAUCUGUUUUGUUU